GCCGAACAAGCUUGCUUUUAGGGUCAGGAACUGGUCUGACAAGAGAAUGGCAAUCCUGCCUUUAAACUGUCAUUAGGACUGUACGGCUGACGAUGAAUCUACCACAGCUCCGGGCCCAAAGGCGAAACACUGAGCAAGAGAAUGUGAAGACAUAUUUCAGGACAUUGUGAGUGCUACUAAAGAUGUCUGAUAGUGUCGAUAUUGAAGAGAAACCACCAGCCCCCCCCUUGAGAAUGAACAGUAGUUCCCGAGACUCUUCAUCGCUGAAUCACGCCUCUAAACCGCUUCCAAUGGCUCCUGAAGAGAAAAACAAGAAAGUCCGCCUGCGCUCCAUUUUCCCCGGGGGAGACAAGACAAACAAGAAGAAGGAGAAGGAACGUCCUGAGAUAUCCCUACCCUCAGACUUUGAACACACCAUUCAUGUCGGCUUUGAUGCUGUAACGGGAGAAUUCACAGGUAUCCCGGAGCAAUGGGCACGGCUCCUACAGACCUCGAACAUCACCAAGCUGGAGCAAAAGAAGAAUCCGCAGGCCGUGUUGGACGUCUUAAAGUUCUACGACUCCAAAGAGACAGUUAACAACCAGAAAUACAUGAGUUUCACCUCGGGAGACAAGUCGGCACAUGGGUACAUAGCAGCAAACACUCUGAACCGACUGCUGUCAUCUGGGCCUCCUGUCAGCCUUAGAACCUGCAGCGCAUUAUUUGACAAGGGCGCCAAAACAUCAUCGUCAGAGCCGCCAAUUGCUCCACCUGUGUCAGAAGAGGAGGAUGAGGAAGAAGAAGAAGAGGAGGAGGAGGAGGAAGAAGAGGAUGAUGACGACGAACUGCCUCCAGUCAUCGCACCUCGGCCCGAGCACACCAAAUCUAUCUACACGCGCUCCGUCAUGGACCCACCAAAGCCACCCACCCCUGUGAAAGAAGUGUUGACUCCUCCAGAGUCGCAAGUCCAGCCGGAGAACACGUCCAACACAAUGUACCGGCACACUGACCGCCAGAGGAAGAAAUCCAAAAUGACAGAUGAGGAGAUUCUGGAGAGACUCAGGAGUAUUGUGAGCGUGGGGGAUCCCAAAAAGAAGUACACACGCUUCGAGAAAAUAGGACAAGGAGCGUCGGGCACUGUGUACACUGCCAUCGACAUAGCAACUGGCCAAGAGGUGGCCAUCAAACAGAUGAACCUGCAGCAGCAGCCCAAGAAAGAGCUGAUCAUCAAUGAGAUCUUGGUGAUGAGGGAAAACAAAAACUCCAAUAUAGUGAACUACCUGGACAGUUAUUUGGUAGGAGAUGAGCUGUGGGUGGUGAUGGAGUAUUUGGCCGGUGGCUCAUUGACAGAUGUAGUGACUGAGACCUGCAUGGACGAGGGCCAGAUUGCUGCAGUCUGCAGAGAGUGUCUUCAAGCCCUGGACUUCCUACACUCAAACCAGGUGAUCCAUAGAGAUAUAAAAAGUGACAACAUCCUCUUGGGUAUGGACGGAUCCGUCAAGCUCACCGACUUUGGCUUCUGCGCCCAGAUCACUCCAGAGCAGAACAAGCGCAGUACGAUGGUGGGAACGCCCUACUGGAUGGCACCAGAGGUGGUGACUCGGAAGGCGUAUGGCCCAAAAGUGGAUAUCUGGUCUCUGGGGAUCAUGGCGAUAGAGAUGGUGGAGGGAGAACCGCCCUACCUGAAUGAGAAUCCACUCAGGGCGCUGUACCUGAUAGCUACCAACGGGACUCCAGAGCUGCAGAACCCAGAGAGGCUGUCAUCUGUGUUCAGAGACUUCCUCAACCGCUGUCUGGAGAUGGAUGUGGACCGCAGAGGCUCAGCCAAGGAGCUGCUCCAGCAUUCCUUCCUAAAGCUGGCGAAGCCUCUAUCCAGCCUGACGCCUCUGAUUGUAGCUGCGAAGGAAGCCAUAAAGAACAGCAGCCGCUAGGGUGUGCCCUCUGUCCCCACCCGAGGCUGGAGCCCUGCCUGUGAUGUGUGCGUUCAUGGGGGCAGGGGCUUGGGUGUAUAGGUGGUGGGUGACGUGACAGUGACAGCACAAGGAGGAAGGGGGAUUUGUGUGACUUACCCUGGCAGCACAAGGACAAAAGACCCCCAGGCCUCGUAUGUAGGACGGACAUCUGGCCUCGCAGCCUCUCGGCCCAUGCUGCUGAAAAAGACCUUGCCUCCUCGUUUACUUCUCCAGCACUCUGUACAAGUAGAGCAGUCCAUCACAAGUAUGCGUGAGUAUAUGUGUGCGUGUGUGUGUGUGUGUGUGCGUGCGUGCGCCUGUGUGUGUACCAGCUGUGCACAUCUCUUUGUGUCAUAUGUCUUGUUUGGCAGCAGUCGCUCCAGAAAAACCAAGAAAUAAGGUGAAAAAAUCAAAAAGAACGUGUGCCCAUUUUCAAGAAGAGACUUGAGAAGCGAGGAGUAUGUGAAUCCUUCCCCGCCCGGCUUUAGGCUUGGUUUUCCUUCCUCUAGUCCCUCCAUGGAGCACAAUCAGGCCACACUUGCACCUGCAGUGACCAGCUGAUGUGAGAGAGUGACUCUGGGACCCAUCCUUUGCCUGCAUGACAAUGGCUCUGUGGAGAAACACCAUUACUCUUCUGUCACAUCUCGAGGUGGCAUAUAUGUGUAUGUAUGUGUGUGUGAAUGAGUGUAGGGGUGCAGCUACAGGGGAAUAAGUCAGGAAUAAUUUCACAUGACCUAUGCCAGCUUUAAACAUCCUUCAUCAGUCUGAAGAGAUAUGGUUCCCGUAUUUCAUUCGAGCCAACGUCUUUCACACAGUCUCUCUCAUACAGUAGAGUCACCGGUGUCACCUGCAGUUAUUUAUUGCAUAAUCUCCCCCUGAGAGUGGCUAUAUGUUAUUAGAUUUAAUGUUUGUGCAUAUAAAACAUUGACUUUGUGACUCAACUGUAGAUCAAUUGUGCAAAUAUUUUAAUUUCAAACUUAUAAUAUACAUGCUAUACAUAUUUUCUUAAAAAUUUCAAGAGGAAAGUGCUGUCAUGUUUGUAGUUCGAGACAUUGAUUGCACAGACAUGGAGAUGAAGUGUCGCGCAUUUAAAUCAACACUUGUUACUGAACACGAAUCCCGCACACAUGUAUUCCAUCUGUGCAGGAAAGGAUCAGAAAGACUACAAAAUAAUGCCAGCUUCAUAACUAAUGCAAGCAUUUAUAUACGAAUUCCACAGAUAAUUCUAACAUAAAUUGUAGCAUUUAAUAUGCACAAGCAUCUCAUAUAGAAUAACACACAGAUGUACGGUAUGUGUGGCAUUUGGUAAUAGGCGUAGACGAUUCAACAUCUAUCUUAAAGGUUCAGUGUGUAGGAUUUAAGGGCAUCUAAUGGCAGAAAAGGUAUAUAAUAUUCUGAGGUGUGUUUUCAUGAGUUUAUAAUCACCUGAAACUAAGAAUUGUUGUGUUGCCAUUACAUCAGAAUGAGCAAUUUAUAUCCACAUACAGAGCAGGUCCUCUUCCAUGGAGUCCACCACGUUGUUCCUACAGUGACAAACCAAACACUGGCUCUAGGGGCCGUUUCUGUUUUCAUGUUUUUGUGUCUGCCACCAUAGUUCUACAAGCUUGGCACACGGGAGAAGUUUUAGUUCUUCAUCACUAAAUGCCACUUAAUCCUACACACUACCUUUAAUUGCUGUCAAGCCCUUGUUUUUCAUUAUAUCUGCCAAUUAGGUAUGAAAUAGAUGGAAAAUACUUGUUCAGAGACUCAACAGAAAUAUGAAUGUUUUCACUGAAAUAUUUAUAGAGUGAGGGAUUGUCCUUUUUAAGGUGCUGGCACACAGCAUUACAGCUUAUCAAAUAAGAUUUUUUUCUACAGGAGCUGCAAACAGAAGGUCUUGUAAUUAUGUACCUACAGUGAGAUGAAGGUCUAGUGCCACACAUUGUCAGUUUCUCAUAAUGCAUCACUGUGACCUUAAACCUUAAGCAGAAAAGAUGCCUCUUGACAAAAAGCAGGUAAAUUUUCAAUCCAAAUUGUCAGUCUGAACAAAAAAUUGUGACAAAACAUGGAAAGCCAUUUUCAUAAUGUAAUUAUGAAAUUAUGUUAUUAUUUAGGUAGUUAUUCGUGGUCACAGCUUUCUCAAAUAAUUUUGAUGCUAAACUUUUAAAUAUGAAUAUGGAAACGUAAGAUGCAGAUUAACCCCUUGAAUCCCGGAUCAACAUCGCUUUUCAUGCACUGCGUCCAGACACCUUUCUCGAGGAUUUAAACCUUUGAACCCUGGUUUGAUUUCUUCUUUGAAAACAUGAGCUAAAAGUCAAUGAGCAA